AUGCUACCGAGAAUUUUUGUUAUUGGCAGUGAACGGGGUUUGACUGGGAGGUUUGUGAAGCACUUCUGCGAUCCCGUCAUUAAAGUCCUCGCCACAACUCAGCUCUCAAAUCUUACUUUCGGCGACUAUCAUGCUGCAGACCCUUCAGAUGCCUCGAGAAAUGUGCCAGACGUAGUCAUGCUCAUGCUGCCGGAAUCAGAGGCUAUGGCAGUCGGGAAACUGAAGACCUUCUGGACCGUACGGCUUGAGCGGCACCCAAUCAGUGAUGGCUAUAUGGCUUUAUUCCCUCUAGAAGCCCAUCUAGGUAAUUUCUUAUAUGCGAUCACGUGA